AUGAAUGUUUAUGAUACGCAGUCAUUUUGUCUUCGACAGAAUCCCUGCAGCAGCAGUCCCUGUUUCAACAAUGGCACAUGUCAAGCUGGAUACACUCAUAAAGGAUUUCGUUGUAAAUGUCCUCUAGGAUUCACUGGUAUAUACUGCAAGAAAGCGUGCAGCUUUGACUUUGAAGAUGGAAUCGGUGGGUGGAAAAUGACAGGAACAGCUUUCAUUUACCAGCCAACAUUUGGUGACAAUCCAGCCGCGCGCGGUAGAGAAAGCGCCCAGCUGCAAGGGUACUGGUGGGUGGGGGGAGCUGAGAAACGGCCCAAAGAGAACGAUCCUCCAGGAUGGCAGCAUCCAGAUACAGCCGACGUACCCAACGGAACUCUCACCUCACCUUGCUUUCGUAUCGUCGGCAAGAAUAUUUCGUUUCUCAUUGGUGGGGGAUGUGACUUAAGCAAAGUUCGUGCAGAGCUUAUUGUCGACAACCAGGUCGUCAGAAAAGAGACAGGAGACUGUUCUGAGACAAUGUACCCCAAGAGCUGGGAAGUAGAGGAGUUUAUUGGUCAAUACGCCAAAGUCAGACUCGUUGACGAAACGGAUUGUUGUUGGGGACACAUCAACUUUGAUGACCUUAAAGGAGAUAUCAUUUGUCCUCACGAUUUAGACGAGAAAAACUGAAGAGACAGCGAAUUUUGAAAGUAGCUUACCACCUCGUCAGGAGUUUUGCAAAUAAUCACCUUAAAAGUAUGAUUAAACAGCUUUUGACGUAGUACAAAUCACCCUGUUUUUGUCAACAGUAGCAAAACAUUUUGAAACAAUUUGAUGUAUGUGUCUGUGAAGGCUCUUAACAUAUAAUCCAAUGGUUAUAUCGGUUUACUGCGACAGUAAGGAGUAUUGCUUUAGAUGCUAGCCAUCGCCUA